CGGUACUCGAAAUGUGUGUCAGGAGGCAACUGCUACUGUGUACAUUGGCCGCGCUGAUGGCGUCGGCGCUCUGCCUGGACGAGGAAAUGGCGGAGCUAGCGCGGAUGCUGCGAGAGAGCUGCGCCGAGGAGAGCGCCGUCGAGCUGCGUCUUGUGGAGGAGGUGAACGCAGGCGCAGCGCUGCCUCCCGACGACAAGCUUAAGUGUUACAUCAAGUGCGUGAUGGAGACGGCAGGCAUGAUGUCUGCGGGCGCCGUGGACGUGGAGGCCGUAGUGGCCAUGCUGCCCGACGACAUGCGCGCAAAGAACGAGGGUGCGCUGCGGGCGUGCGGCUCGCGGGCCGGAGCCGACGACUGCGACACCGCCUACCGCACGCAGCUGUGCUGGCAGCAGGCCAACCCGGCCGACUACUUCCUCAUAUAGCCCGCCCCGAGCCGUGCACCACACUCGCGCCGCAAUAACGUACAACCAAAAAGUUUAUACAGAUUGAAAUCAAAGCAACAUAACAGUCAUACAAUAUGUAAUUACAAUGCAUCUUAGACAAAGUGUAAUAUACUGCUUAUAUUAGAUCUGCGAGAUGUGUUAUUAUUAAAUGUUCUUCAUUUAAAUAAAAAUUAUUUUCGCUUCUAAAAAACAAUACAAGAAUGUUUC